GGGCACCUCUGAGGUUCCCCCUUGCUGCACCUCCCCCCCAUCCCGGGAUCCCAUCCUUGGCCAGCCCGUCCCACAGGGCAGCAUGGAAAGGGCGGCCCGGCCCGAAGUGUCAUGUGCCUGAAAGAACACUGCACUGCUAUGGAGAAUGAAUCAAAUGCAACAACAUGUUCCACAUGUACAACCACCACUACCACCACCACCUCCUCCUCUUCUCGGAUGCAACCACCACAGAUAUCUGUCUACAGUGGCUCUGACAGACAUGCUGUACAGGUUAUUCAACAGGCCUUGCAUCGUCCCCCUAGUUCCGCGGCUCAGUAUCUUCAGCAGAUGUAUGCAGCCCAACAGCAGCAUCUGAUGCUACAGACUGCCGCUCUACAACAGCAGCACUUAAGCAGUACUCAGUUUCAGAGUUUGGCAGCUGUUCCACAGGCAAGCCUGUCAGGUGGGAGGCAGUGUGCAUCUCCUACUGGGAGCGUCACUCAGCAGUCAAGCAUGUCACAGACCUCGAUUAACCUUUCAACCUCUCCGACACCUGCACAAUUAAUAAGCCGUUCACAGACUUCCAACACUACUAGCAGCAGUAUAACCCAACAGACUAUGUUGCUGGGGAGUACUUCUCCUACCCUAAGUGCAAGCCAGGCUCAAAUGUAUCUCCGAGCACAAAUGCUGAUUUUUACUCCUGCUACCACUGUGGCUGCUGUUCAGUCGGACAUUCCUGUUGUUUCAUCAUCUUCCUCUUCUUCCUGUCAGUCUUCAGCUACUCAGGUUCAGAACUUAACAUUGCGCAGUCAGAAGUUGGGUGUAUUGUGUAGUUCACAGAAUGGCCCACCAAAGAACAGUAGUCAGGCUCAGUCAUUGUCUCUUUGUACUAAUAAAACUGUAACUGGUACCAAGGCCAGCCAACCGGAUUCUCCAGACAGCAACAGAAAAGGAGACAGCCCAACUUCUGAGUGUCGAAGUACAUCUGUCACACGGACAUCAAGUAUACAUCAGUUAAUAGCACCAGCUUCAUAUUCUGCAAUUCAACCUCAUUCUCUAGUAAAACAUCAGCAAAUACCUCUUCAUUCACCACCUCCAAAGAUUUCCCAUCAUCAGUUGAUACUACAGCAGCAGCAGCAAGUUCAGCCAAUCACACUUCAGACUCCUCCCAAUCAGGAACCACCUUCAUCACAACACUAUGUUCCACUCCAAAACCAUGGUCUUCCUCCAGUUGCCAAUAGUGUUCACUCACAACAUUGCUCACCAGUUCACAUCCAUCCUUCUCCUUUAACAGUGUCUCCUACUCCAUCCCAGUCAGCUCAGCAGUCAGUAGUGGUGUCUCCUACACCUGCUCACUCACCUAGCCAGUCACCAACCAUAAUUAUUCAUCCACAAGCACUUAUUCAGGCACAAUCACAUCCUCUUAUACCAUCAACUCUACAGUCAGAUCAGAACCCACAGCAGCCCACUACUAGUCCAGGACGACCAGGAGCACAACAGCUUAAUCUUCCAUCCCAUCUUACAGUAUCACCUUCCUCAGUAGUACACAUUGGGCCAAUAGAUCAGCCGAACUUGAUGUCCCCGAGCCAGCAGAUAGUGUCUCCAACACCACACCAGCAAUAUCCAACCUUACAGUCUGUGCCACUCCCAGUUGCAACCCCUCCACAGCUGUCAACAUCUCCAACCCAGAUUCAACAACUGCCCUUGCAGUCUGUGCAAUCUUUACAAAUGCAGCCUGAAAUUCUAUCCCAGGGCCAGGUUUUGGUGCAAAAUACUUUGGUUUCUGAGGAGGAGCUUCCUGCUGCAGAAGCUUUGGUCCAACUGCCAUUUCAGACUCUUCCACCACCACAGACUGUUGCAGUAAACCUUCAAGUUCAGCCAUCCGUACCUGUUGAAACUCCUGUGAUUUAUCAAGUGGAGAAUGUGUGUGAGGAAGAGAUGCCAGAGGAGACCGAAUGUGUCCAUAUGGUUAGAACCCCUACUCCACCAACCUUGUCUCCACCAAUCAUAACCUUAGGGAAUGGUGAGGGGCUUGCUUCAGAGGAACUUUUGUCAGAACAAGUGGGACUUCCUACAGUGGCAUCAUCAGUUAGUGCCUCAGUAAUUAAGUCUCCAUCAGAUCCUUCACAUGCCUCUAUUCCGCCUCCUCCACUUUUGCUUCCAGUAGCUGCCACAAGGAGUAACAUCACAUCAAAGCCUAAUAGCAUUCCUAACCUAGAAAACAGACCUCCACAAGCUAUCGUUAAACCACAGAUCCUGACCCAUGUUAUUGAGGGCUUUGUUAUUCAGGAGGGUUUAGAGCCAUUUCCUGUAAGUCGUUCAUCUCUACUGGUUGAGCAACCUGCGAAAAAAAGGCUCCUAAUGGAGAGUCAGGUCAUGAGUGUCGUAUGUGUUGAGUCAGAGCUGCAGAACAGUACAAAACAUGCAGAGAACUCCUCAGACACAGAGAUAGAGGACAUAAUUACAGAAGAGGGACUAGAUGAAAUGGAAAAUGAUCUCCUGAAGUGUGAGUUUUGUGGAAAAAUGGGAUAUGCUAAUAAUUUCCUACGGUCAAAGCGAUUCUGCUCCGUGUCCUGUGCCAAAAGGCACAGUGUUACUUGCAAUAAAAAAUUUGGACUGUUUACAUCAGACAAGAACAGUUGCUGGAGUCGGAAGUCAGACAGUCAAAGUCUUGGACGACGUGGGCGUCGACCAAGUGGCUCUGAUGGUGCAUCAAGAGAGCACUUCCUUAGACAGCUUCCAAUUACUUAUCCAUCUGCAGAAGAAGAUUUGGCUUCUCGUGAAGAUACUGUACCAGCUGCCAUGACCACUCGUCUGCGAAGACAUAGUGAGAGGGAAGGAGAGCGUGAACUUAGGGAACUAAAAAUUAGGAAAAUGCCAGAGAAUGUUGACUUGCUGCCAUCUGUGCAAGCCAACCCAGCAAUGUGGACAGUUGAUGAAGUUUGGGCCUUCAUACAUUCUUUGCCUGCAGAACUGGGUUUCCCCUCCAAAUCCCAUGUCGAUAGAACUAGUCUCACCUCUGCUGUGGCAUCCCAGCUGAUGGAGAGUAAAGGUGUUCCUCCCUUCAGUCUGAUUUCUCUCAAGAGGUUGUCAAGAUAUAGCAGAUGAAUUUAGAGGACAAGAGAUCGAUGGACAGGCCCUUCUCUUGUUGAAAGAGGAUCACCUUAUGAGUGCAAUGAACAUUAAGCUGGGACCUGCACUGAAAAUUUGUGCACGCAUCAACUCGUUGAAGGAGUCAUAAUGGGAAGCUAUAUAUUACAGCUUCUUAACAGACUGGUACACCAUAUGGCAUACGUAUUACUGUGAGGUUUUGCAAAAUAUCUUUUUUUCACAUAAAGACUUUCUAAUUUACUCCUAUAUCAUAUAAUCCUCUAAAACUUCCAGUAAUUAGCAGAUUUAUAAACAAUGCUGGGAAAUCAUUAGAAUAAAGCAGAGGGUUGAAGCAGGAUGAAUGGCACAUAUAAAAUGUAAUGUGUUGUGGUAGAUUAUACUAUUUUUCUCCGCUCUUCUCCCUUCCCUUCCCCCCCCCCCAAAAAAAACCCAUGGUCUGUAUUGUAUAAGAACACAAUCUGAUCACUUAAAUUAUGUGAUUUAAACAAAUUUUCCCAUAGAUACAUUUUUUUAGAUUCUGGAAUAACAGAAGAGUCCACAAAGUAUGUGGAAGCACUGAUUAUGGUAAAAUGCUAUGCAUUUAGACAUGCUUUCCUAGUUUUGUUUAGUCUUGAGCAUAUCAUUUGAAGGGAAUUUGUAACAAACCUCUCCCUAUAUCCUAAAGCUCAUCUGUUUACCAUUGUAGUAUUUUCUUCAUUUGCAAGUAUUCUGUAAAAUGCAGGAUGUUCGUCAUAAUCUUGAUGUUCACCAUAAGCAGAGCUACUGACAUGCAAAUAACAUGACACUGUUCCCAGAGAGUACUGAAGCACAUACAUUACUUUUAUUGUUUGUAUGCUUCUAUGCACUAUGAGGGCAUUAAAGUUGUUAUACUUUAGUUUGGUUGCUGCUAGUUAACCUAGACCAAAGCACACUUGCUGGCUGAAAGGAAGGAAUUAGUCAAAGGUGUGCUGAUAUUUGGCUCCUAUUUCACAGAUGACCUUGAAGAGCAAGUUGGACCUGAAGAAAAAUGUAUACCUCCUUUUCCUUCAGUGGACAUAACACUUCGUUUUUAUCAGCAGAUUUUCUGUAGAUAUGUUACUAGAGGUUAGCAUGAGAUCCAUUCAAUUAUAACUUCUUGAACUGACUAUAUCAAAGGAUUUUUUUCUGUUAUUUUCUAUCAGCCUCUGAAGCUGGAGUUUAGAAUUGCCAAAAGUUACCUACUAACACAAAAUGUAUGGGAAGAGCUCAACACCCAAAGGAACACAGCCAAAACAUGGGGGUUUUGCAAAGCACUGUUAGAUGUUUUUUUCCAUACACUCGAUGGUAUGGGGAAGACAGUCUAAUCUGGCUAAUCACAGCUAGUAUGAUUAAAUCAAACUUAACUGGAGGAGGACUGGACAGAUAUUUGGCAAUGUUAAUUUCAGUGUUAAAAUAAUGGCUACUUUGGGUUCUGCUUAGCAUUAAGAUCUGUGUUGGUUUAAUAAGCUAGUAGAAGAUUAAGGAUAUAUUAAUAUUUAUCUAUUGGAUUUGUCAAAACUAGAGAGGGUUGACUAUUUGUAUACAAAAAUGCUGACGGCUAACUUUUAAAUCUUUGAUUGUGUUAUUCUUUGGCAAUGUAGAAAGUACAUGUGUUACACAUGAAUUGAUAAUGACAUGUGGUAUGUUAGAAAGUGUGAUCUGGUAGUGUGAGGCUUAUAUCCUAGAUCUACAGUUCUUCUGUUACACGCAUGUUAGUUUGGUUACUUUAAUCUUGAGUUGUUGGACAAUUUUCAUAAAAACAUGUUUGCAGUUAGCUGCUGUAUAUCUAUUUUAUUUCUCUCUCUCUGCUAGGAACUCAGAGCAUAUCACCAGUGUAGGAUCAGUGCCUUUUGUAUAAGUGGUUAGAACAGGGGACUGUUAAUUAGGAACUUUGGGUUCUGUUCAAGUUCCUUACAUUAAAAUCACUGUGUAACUUUGGUUAACUUCUCUACACUUCAGUUUUUACCCUUUUGUAAAUUGAGUGUAAUAUUUAUACAUCUCAUAUGCUAUUAUGGAGCAAAUUACUAUUUGAAAUGGUGAAAUUGUUAGAAGAAAGGUAAUAUAUAGUUAAAUUAUUGUAUUAUUAAUUAUUAUUAUAAUAAAUUAUAUGGUAUACUUAAAUUUUGUAAUAAGCUUGCAGUUCAUUUUGAGUUCACAUAGAUGUUGAUUCAAUUUUUCCCAUAAUACAUGCGUGAGAAUCAGUGGUUUGAAUGUAUUUCAAGAGAAAUUAAGAUGGAUGAAAAUUUCAGAUGCAAGUUACUUCCCACUAAAUUAUCCAAAAGGCAUCUACAUGUUGAAAUACACAUCUAGAAAUGGACCUUUUUGAAGAGGUUUUUCUAUGAAAGAAUUAUAAUUUUAACAUAAAUAUUUUAGUACAAUGAUAAUUAUUAAAUAGGUAUAAUGUAUAAUUUGUACUUAAUGAACAUUGUAUAGGUUGAAUCUCUUUCAUCUGAGGCUUCCUGGUCCAGCAACAUC